AUGGACAGACUCUCUCAAUACCAAUCUAAAGGCCAUGACGAUGAUACUGUCAAAGUUCUCCGCGCUCUGCUCCAGCACCUCCCAGAGGAUGCCAAAAAGAACCUAGUGUGCACCAUCGGCAAUCCAUCCAUCACAGACGACCAGCUAAACAAACUGCCAACCUCCCUCGCAGCCGGUCUCCUGUACGCUCUCAAAAACUUACGCUCAUGGGUCCUCUUAGAAGAGAAGGGAGACACAAAAAACAGCCGCCUCGGCCGCGACGACGACAAAUGCCUGUUUACUGGAAGACAAGACUCCCACGACAUCGACGAAAAUGAAUCCCAGCACUGCUCACUCGAACUAGCCCGCAUCUGGACCGUUCCUUCUUCCGGCUGGGUAAUGGGAGUAGACCGCGAGUCAACAAUAUGCACCUACUCCCUGGUCCACGGCAAGCUCUGGUACAGCCUUGACUACUGCUUUCCCUCUCUAGGAUCCCACAUCGACAACUGCACCAUCACCGACCUGACGAAUUCCCUCACUUUCGACACUAAGUUGAGCAACCUCUUCAACUCUUUCGGCCUCGGUCUUGAGGCUACUGAGGCCCGGAACACCUACUUCAUCCGCCUCUACAUACCUUCGUAUGAGGUGUUGGCCUUGAAGCCAUACUUGCGUGGGGGUAUUAUUACUUUCAAUGACUUCGGCCCAUGCACUCCUAGUGCUGCUCUUAUCGCGAUACAUGCCGCUAUUCGUCGCAUCUUGUCAGUGACCGGGAAGGGGGACAAGUUUGAGAUGCUUCGUUGCCGGAUGGAGGUCUUUUUGGCUCAACUGGAGGAGCAGGACUGA